ACGUGUGUGCGUGCGUGCAUGCGUGCCACCAGCGAAAAAGAUGGCGGUCUGUGCGUUACGCAGGGGUCUGCUGAGCACUUUCAGUAAAUACAACAAUAAACACGCGCCUAGAUUACUAAGUUUGGCAGACAGCAGGUUGGAAAUGUAUAGACCACAGUUCGGAUGCCGAGCCUGCGGAACGUUCGGUGUCGCUCAGCAGAGGAGGUUCAUGUCGUCACGGAACAGGCCUGAAGGGAAGAUUUUGGAGACCGUAGGAGUGUUUGAGGCUCUGAAGCAGCACGGCAAAUACGAGACAGGACAGCUCUUUCUCCACAGUGUCUUUGGCUAUAGAGGUAUUGUCUUGUUUCCAUGGCACGCCAGACUGUACGAUAGAGACAUCACACCUCCCAUGUCUGACAGCAAGCCUGAGCCUCCCGGUGCCCAUGGCUCAAAGGAAGUGAAGGGGAAGACUCACACUUACUACCAAGUUCUGAUUGACACUAGAGACUGCCCUCACAUUUCCCAGAGGUCCCAGACGGAGGCGGUGACGUUUCUGGCUAACCAUGAUGACAGCAGAGCACUGUACGCCAUCCCAGGUCUGGACUAUGUGAGCCAUGAAGACAUCCUGCCCUACAACUCUGCUGAGCAGAACCCCAUCCAUCACGAGCUGUUUGAACGUUUCCUCAUGUAUAACCCUGCCAAAUCUCCUCCUUUCAUCGCCAGAGACACCCUAAAAGCAUGGCAGGAAAAGAAUCACCCUUGGUUGGAGCUCUCGGACGUCCACAGGGAGACCACUGAGAACAUCCGGGUCACCGUCAUCCCCUUCUACAUGGGCAUGAGGGAAGGCCAGAAUUCUCAUGUAUACUGGUGGCGAUACUGCAUCCGUUUGGAGAACAUGGGCAAUGAGGUAGUUCAGCUAAGAGAGAGACACUGGAGGAUCUUCAGCCUGUCUGGAACCCUGGAGACUGUCCGAGGUCGUGGCGUGGUGGGCAGGGAGCCAGUGCUGUCCAAAGAGCAACCAGCAUUUCAGUACAGCAGCCAUGUCUCUCUACAAGCCCCCAGUGGUCACAUGUGGGGAACCUUUCGUAUUGAGAGGACUGAUGGCUCCCACUUCGAUGUUCGCAUUCCUCCUUUCUCCCUGGAGAGCAACAAAGAUGAUAAAGCCCCCCCUGCAGGCUACACAUUCUAACUGCGAGUAGUCGCCCCCACCCUAUCAUUACAUCUGCCUUCAGUAUCAGAAAAAUGGGUUGGGUUAAGGAAAGGGACGAUAAAAGCAUUUUCUAGAUCUUCCAAAUGCACACUAACAUUUCCUAUUUUCCACGUGUAUUGUUGUGAGUGUGGCAAGGUUAACUUGUUUUAAAGCAGACUCAACCUGAAGGGGGCGGUGGGGGGAAACAAGCAUGGGAAAAAAAAUUAAAAUUCUGCUCCAGAGCAGGUCAUGUUUGGCAUCAAAUAGCUGAAGUAUUGACCAGAGUGGUAGCCUGCUGAGGUUGUGUUCCCAAAGAGAGGAACUGCAGUGGAGCCUCAGAUGACUUCCCCAUGGUGGUGUUAUUGAAAACAUAAUGCUACAAUGUGUUGAUUCCUGUUUUCAUGUUAACAUUUAUUCACACUGCUUUUCUGUUCAGCUAUGCCUAACUGUUUUUAAUAAGAGGGAUGUCUGAACAGUUUAAAAAAGUGUUCAUGCGUAACAACUUUUUUUUUUUUUUUUUUAAACAGUUAAACAUUACCAGAGGAAACGUAAUCAUUGAAAAUACAUUUUGCAGACUGAUGUUAAUCUAGCGACGUGCAAAUGUGUCACACGCAGUAUUCACCCUCUUUAAAAAGUACUGUGCUCUGUGAAAGUGGCAGCGGUUAACUUCUCCAGUGAGUAGAAAGGGGGGACUUAAAAUAUACACACACUGAUAGUUUCUUUUGUUUGAAUGGAGUCUAAAUCCCAUCCACUGUGAAUCACUGAAGUAUAAGAAGAUGGUGUGUGUCAAAAUCAAAAUGAAAUUUCUACCAAGAGGCAGUGUCCACCCCCCCCAUCUUUAACACCUGAAGUGCACCAUAGAUGACGCAAGCAGGGUGGCAGCAGCACUCCUGCAGCGUGAGAGUGUGUAAAAUGGCUAUUUUCAUCACUGUAAAAAAAAAAAAAAGAUUUCUUCGUCUUGUUGACACAAAGAGGAUGUAUUGCAUUCAGGACACUGGUUUGACUUUGAAAGAUUUUGAAUGAGCCAAAAUUACUCUUGGUACACAAGCAAAGGACUCUUACAUUAUUGCGCUUUGAUAAGUGAAUCUAAACUCCUAUGGUUGGAAUACUGUAAAUAGGAAUGUAAUAAAAAGGCAAAUAUGUUUUGAAAAAUA